AUGAUCUUUUCAUCUGUUCCACCGCCGCCACCAUUGCAACAACCGCAACCGAGUUUGCCAUUACUGUUACCGUAUAGCAUCAAUUCGGUAUCUAACAGUUUGUUGGAUACGGUCAGUCUGGCUCAUCAUAUGGCUUUUGUGGGCCAAAAUCCACUGCUUAUUCCGAUUAACAAGGAGGAUUCACUCGAUAUGGCCGCCGUUUCACCAAGCACCUCAAAUGGAUCACCUACUUCCGCCAUGAAGCGUGACCGUUGUGUCGGAUGCGGCAGCGAAUCUUCCAUACGUGUGCACUAUGGAGCGAGUUCAUGCCAUGGCUGCAAAGCAUUCUUUAGGCGAAGCGUAUUCGAGGGCAGGAACUACAUCUGCAGUGCUGAUAACAAUUGCGAUAUCACCAACGAAUCUCGAAACCGAUGUCGUGCUUGCCGCCUGAGAAAUUGUCUCGAAGGAGGAAUGAACCCUAAGCAUGUGAGAGAGGAACGAAAUAAGCAAGAUCGAAUAGAACGUACUCUAGACGUGCAAUGUUCGGAUUCGGAGAGCGGUAAACGACAGUCUGAGGAGCAUCCUCUCACAAUGUUUCUUUGUGCUCUAGAGAAACAAACAGAAAUGCUUACGGAUGAUGAUGUGAAGGGAAACGACGUGAUGGGCGAAUGGAGUCGUGACAUUUCGAUAACAUUCGGACUACAGAACCCACAGCUUGUCAUAAAGCGAUCUCCGCAGAUGGACUGGUCAUGCACUCGCAUCAUGGAAGCCAAUGAUCUCUACAAGCAAUGGUAUCGAGCAUUCGUGCUGCAUGCCGACUGGGCCAUGGGUAUCCCGGACUUUCGUGUGCUUUCGCUGAGCGACCAGACGAAGCUCUUCAAGCAAAAUUUCAUGACUUUUGGAUGGAUCGUCUACGCCUUUAAAUGUUACCAGCAUAAUCAACAUGCAGUAGGUAUACCUCUUGGAAACGGCGCUUACAUUCCAUACAGCGAUGAAGAGCAAAAAAGAAUGGAACAAAGGUGGGUCGCUUCGUAUGGAGUUGUUUGCAAAAAGCUUAUGGAUCUCAUCGUAAAGCCGAUGAUAGAACUCGAUAUGGCAGAAGAAGAAUACUGCUUGCUCAAAGCCCUUUCAUUGUUCCAACAAGACUGUCUUCUUUCGGAGAAUGGUGCGUUGAUCUGUAGUCGAGUUCGGGAUCGUCUACUUGAAGGACUAAGUACACACAUUGAACGGCGCUUCGCCAAUCUCUCCCCAAUUCAACGCUCCAUUCGAGCGUUGAAAUCCACUCUUCUCCUUCCCACGCUCUCGUAUAUCGGCCAAGUGGAGUCGUCGGUGAUUCAACACCUCUCUCCUACCGAUUUACAACAGCUAAGCGGUGUACCAAUGGAGCUUGUCGGAUCUGUGAGGUCUAGUCUUAAGUAA